UACUUAUAAAGCCUAACCUGUGAAAUGUUUUCUCCUCCCUUUCUGCUUGCAUGACAGAUAUUCUGGUCUGGAAAAAGUCAUGGUGCACUUGAGGUCUACAAGAAUUGCCAUUGUGCUUUUGCUGUCUCUGAUUGCUUUGGAGGACUAUGCUGCCCUUGCUCGAAGAGAUAUUGCAGCUUAUUGCAAGAGUCAUGAGGAACUUGGUGGCGAAACCACAACUAUUGUUGGUACCAGUAGAGAGAAAUGGCUCAGAGGAAGAAUGAUGGUGGUGGAGGAGGUGAAGGCAGCAAGAAGCACAGCAAACACAGGGAAUGCAAAGACCUCCUCGAAUGAAUCACUUGAACCAUCAAUCACAGAGGAAACCAGCAUCAAUGUCAUCCCCAACUGCAAAAAUGAAGCAAGUGAUUCACAGAGCAAACCCAAAGCAUUCGAGGCCUCAUCUGGCCAUGCAAGCUUGGGUUCUUCAGCAGGAUCAAAGCUUUCUGCUCCCACUUGGCCACAUGAUUCAUUUCAGAUCACUCGGAAACAAAACCUCCGAGAGGAAAUCUUCAAGAUGCUGAACAGGGACUACCAUUACAGGCCGCGCCGCCAUCCACCAGUACACAAUUAGAGCAUUUGGAUGUGAAAUGUUUGCUAGUUUUGCAUGGGAAAUCUUCAUAUCUAUCAUGCUUUUAGAUCCUAAUUUAAGCUGCUGUGUUAGUCUGUAAUGGCUUAGUUUACUGUUGCUUCAGUCUAUUAUAUGUUAAACCUUCACCGAAAUCUAAUUAUCCUAAAAUG